AUUUAGGCCUAGAUCAUAGAAAUUCGCAAAUAGCGUGGGUGGCGAAAUAACGGAUUUAUAUGUGUUCUGCGUUGGUGUAGUUGGGUUGAAUGUGGUUAUAUUUUAAUACACGUUCUUAAUACUGCCACUGGAUUGUGAAUGGGCGAGACGACAAUUUGAUCCGAAUAGCAUGUUGAAUACCGAACUAUCGUACACUCAAUAUUGCUGAAUAUAGGUAACACUAACAGUGAACCCGAGAGAGUUCAUGAAAUACUAGACGAGACUAUUUUAAUGUACUUUGAGAUUUGUGAACUUUGUGAUGAUUAAUACGCCACUCAAAAAUACACGAAGCUUUCGUAUAAUGUGUAUAUGUUAAGUCGGGCAUGCUGUAGGCAAUUCAAAUAGGAUAUAUGAUUUAAGAGUCGAAUCACCUCCAAGCGUGGCUUCUACAAAAUUAUCAGGAUAGAGUUUAAUUUAAGAAGUACAGAUUCUUAAGUAGACCAACAUGUCGUCUUGUGUUCCUAAAAUACCCCGUUCACGUCGCCAGACAGGACAAUUGCACCAUAGUGGGACUCAACCUGAUGUAGGACUUGCUCGAAAACAAGCAAAAGUAUUUGAUGCAGAUCAGAAUGGUGACCCCGUUACAAGAAUUCUCAUACAGGGUGAUGACGGAAAAAUCCGUGAAGUGGAUAGCAAAAAAGUAGUCGAUGCUGACCACGAAUCGGUUACAGCGAAUCAGAAUCAAGCAGGAGAAGAUGACGAAUUUAUUGUACACGAUGCUGACCAGCCCUACAGAUCAGAACACGAUUCGGUUAAUCAAAACGGCGAUCCCGGUACCGGCCACGAUUCGGUUACAGUGAAUCUUUAUCAAGGACAAGAUGUUGUCGAUUUGUCUGUCUAUCCGAAACAGCCCUAUAUCUCAGACGACGAAUUCAAGUUCAAAUGUCACCAUUUUUUGCUCGGUAUUCUAUCUGGUAUAGUUUUGUUAACAGAUAUAUCCACGGACGUUUAUUUGACGGUAGAAUAUUUCCGAGAAGGUUUUGGCAUUUUUGGCAUCGUCACAGCCAUCUUGGUUUCUGGGGCGUCCGUUGUGGUUUGUGGUUAUAGUCUGUAUUGGUAUUAUCUGGACUACGCCGUCAAUAAGAAUGAUCCCACUUGGCUGUGGGUCUGCAGAAUUGUAUUUUCGUGUCUGCAGUUGGCCAUUUUGUGGAGGACUAUGGAAUAUCUGUAUUAUGGUUACAAAUCACUGAAGUCAAAAAAUGAAAAAACAAAAAGAAAAUAUACUUCUAAGACUGUCGAUGAAGCUGUCGAUCUACGGUUCCUGUGUGUUUUUGAGAGUUUUUUGGAGUCCGCCCCGCAACUGGUUUUUCAACUGUAUGUUUUUGGUACACUUCGACCAGUUGAUAAAGACAUUAUUUCACUUUUGUACAGAUUAGGCAAACUCUUUGUAACUUGGAUCGGAUUAAGUUUGAGUCUGACGUCAUACCACUCAAGUCUACGCAACUCAGUAGCAGGGAAAAAGAAGAUGGGCGUGGUCAGUUAUUCAGGUUAUUUAGCCUGGCGGGUCUUUGAGGUCGGCGGCAGGGUGAUAAGCUUAGCAUAUUUCGCAAUUUAUUUCCACGAAUGGAUUUUGCUUGGCAUUGGAAUCCACUGGAUUCUGCUAUCAAUUGUGAAUAUGAGCAAUGGAACUAGUUUCUAUGAAAACAAAAUCCUCAAUAAAGGAUAUGACGUAUGUUUGGGCUACGUCAUGAUUUUUUGCUUUUUAAACAUUCCUGAGGGUCCUUCGAAAUGCCGAUUAGUUGUUUAUUACGUCAUAUUCUACAUUGAAAACAUUGUGUUGGUCGUUUGGACAAGUGUUGUCAAUCCUUCCAAAUGGUGUUGGAAUUAUGUGUACGUCGUUUUCGUCAUCGUGUUUAGUUGCCUCCAUAUUUUUCUCCUGCUGUUGUAUUACAAAUUUUGUCAUCCAAAUAAAGACAACGGUACAUGUUUGAGACGAAUUAACAAUAUCUGCUCUUCUGAAGAUGAAGAUAACAAAAACAUGUUAUAACAAAUUGAAUAAAGUCAGUGAUAUGUGCUCUUUUGAACAUACAAUAUUUUAAAAUAUUAGCAUAGAAAUUAGAUAAAAUCAAUUUGAUUAAAACACGGAUCUUAAUUCGUUUCUUUUUUUAUAGUUCAAAAUUUCGUUUUACUUGUCUUUACUACACUAGGAUCUGGAAGUUCUGGUUGAAGUGAGGGAUUAGCCAAUGCAACGGUCUGUUAGGCGAGCCCUUGGCGUGCGAUGCACGGGACUGGGUAAACAAACUACUAGAUAUGUCAACGCUGAUUGAUUAAUCAAUGUCUCACGUCAUUGGUCAAAAGCUGCCCGUAUGACCCCUGACGCGACCUUCCAGUACAACCGUUCAGAUCUUCAUGUAGUGCAGGCUAUUGAAAGUAUAAAAAAACGAAACGAGAGAGAGAG